AUGGUUAUGGAUUUAAUAAAUGAUCAACCAGAAAAGAAUCAGUCAUAUAAACCAAUUCCAAAACCAAGAAAGUUUUUGAUGAAUAAUGCUUUAACUAAUAAUUCUUGUCUUCCAACAACUUCAACAUUUAAUAAUAUAAAAUGUCAACAAUACCAACAACAUUCGUCACCACCUCCAUUACCUCCAAGAAGAACAAUAUUUCCACCAUUACCAAUAACAACAAAUAAUUUACAACAGCCAAAUUUAUUGGAAGAAGAAAAAAAUAAUUUAAUGGCAACAACAACAAUAGAACAUUCUAAUGGUUUUAAUAAAAUAUAUCCAAUUUUGGAUAUUUUAAAUAAUAAUAAACAUUUGGACAUUGCUUCAAACUGUAGUGAUUUAUCGUCUGAAAGUCAACAAAGUAAUCUAGAUUUCCCACCCAAUUCAUCAUUAAAAUCAACUUUUAUUUGUAAUUCUUUAUAUGAUUCAUUUGGAAGUGCUAAAUCUGAUGGAGAAGCUGUGUGUUUUUCUGGAUGGGUUCAAGUUUUGCCACAAGGAAUUAUUAAACAUAAAAAAAGAGGAUGGGCAGUAAUUCGAAAUGAUUUAUUUACAAUUAGCUUAAAUGAAGAGGUUUUUAAUUUAAAAUAUUUUACUUCAAAAUUUUUAAAGAGUCCCUCUCCUUUUUUUGGACCUUUUGAUAUUGGAAAAUGUAUUUAUUUGGGAAAGAUUAUUGGAAAUAAUAAUUCUGAGGAGAUUUGUCUAAUUUUCAAUAAUAAUUCAAACAAAAAGAAUAACAAGCCAUUAAAAGAUGAUUUUAAUACAUUUAUUACUUUACGUUUUAUAUCAGAAGAAAAUAAUGGGAAAUAUUGGCUUCCACUUUUGGCAAAGUCUUCUUCCCCUCGAAAUGAUCUUCUUGGCGAUUCACUUUCAUUGUUAGACUGUUGUGGCAAAUUAUAUAUUAAACAAGGAAUUAGUGGUCUUUGGAAUGAUGGUUGGGCAUUUAUAACUGAAAGAACUUUGCAUUAUUGGGUUAUUGGGCCAAAUGUUUUGACUCAAGUUGAUAUUAGAAAAAUUAUUUUUAUUCAAAGAAAGGAUAUACACAUUUCUGAUUGGUGUAAUAAAAUUGAACAUUCAACACUAGGACCUAUUUUAAUUUCUCUUGAAGGAAGUUCUCUUUAUCUUCAAUCCUACAAUGAUUAUUGCACAACAAUUUGGUUUGAUAUUCUAACAUCAGAAUUAAAAAAAGAACCUAAUAACUUGGAAGAUUGUCGAUUAACUUUAGAUGAUGUUCCUAUUAUUGUUGAUAAAUGUAUUCGUUAUAUCUCUACGUAUGGAUUAUACCAACAAGGAAUUUAUAGAAAAAAUGGUUCAACAGCAGAAUUAAAGAAAAUAAUUGCAUCUUUUAGAGAAGAUCCUCAUGCUGUCCAUUUAAAACCACCAACAUGUGAUGAAACUGUUUUUGUUGUUGCUAGUGUUUUACGGACAUUUUUUCGUCAAUUAAAUAAACCUUUAAUUCCACAAAACCUACAUACAAAACUUUAUGAAAUUUCAACUUUAGAAUCUUCUAAAAAACCUCAAUUUUAUCGUCAAUUAAUUUUUUCACUUCCACAAAUUUAUUUCAAAACACUUCGAAAAUUAUUGGGACAUUUACAAGAAAUUAUAUCUCAUGAAAAUAGAAAUUUGGCAUCUUUAGAUAAUAUUUCAAAAAUGUUUGGACCAACUUUGUUUACUGUUGCUAGUUCAAAUGAAGAAAUUUCUGUUGAUUCGUAUACUUGGGCAACUAAACAAACAAUUGUAAUGCGCGAUUUAAUUUUUCAUUAUUGUGAAAUUUUUGGUGUAAGUGUAGAUGAAUUAUUAACAAAAUGCAAACUUGAUUUAAUGCAGGAACAAAAAUCUACAAAGCAUCCAGCUGCAGGUUUACUUAUACCUAUCCAUUUAUUUGAAAAAGACAAUAAAUGUUUCAAUAUUCAAUCGGAAUGGACAGCAAGUCAAGUAGUUGCUUUUAAAAUAAAUAAAUUAACAACAACAGAAGGAUCAUCAUCAUCUUCAAAUUCAAAUAAUAAUUAUGCACUGUUUGAAAUGAUAAGAAAAGGACAGUUAGAAAGGCGAAUUGGUGCCAAUGAAUCGAUUAAAUCAAUUGUAUUGGGUAGAUGGCUAGAAUGGGAAGAAUUUCAAGAUAAUUAUUUGUUGCUUAAAAAUGAUUCGAAUCCUUUUCAACCGCAGAGUGGCCGUGCAUUUGCUGAUGAUUUAAAAAUUUCUGAGCCAAAUUCAAAAUCAUUCAAAUCUUCAUCGCUUCGAAUAGAAGAAGGAACACGUGUUUGCCUUUAUUCAAAAAAAUUAAAUGAAUGGAAAGUUGAUGAAAUGAUUUGGUUUAUUGGUGCAGAAAUAGAAAGAAAAUGCCCAUUUCCUUUUGCUUUAACUUUUUUUGUUUCUACAGAAAAAAGAGCGGCCAAAUGUUUAGGGAAAUUACCUGGUUAUUGUGUAGCUUUUAAAGAUGAAGUUCAAAGACAUCAAUGGUUAAAUUGUAUUUGUUUAAAUCAAUCAGAAUAUUUGCCACAACCACUUAUACAAAUUUAG